AGCCCUAUUUAUAACCCCCACCCAGACACAGGAGCCACCUCGCUGCCUCCCCCUACCCACCCGGGCUGCCCCCAUGGCGCAGGAAACCUUCGCCUUCACCUCCUCAGCCCUGCGCUCGCUGCGGCUGCAGCAGGAGCUGCUGGAGCAGGAGGAUCGGCGCCGAGCCCUGGCUCGGGAAUCGGCCACACGCCGCUUCCUGGCAGCCAGCCCCCGCCCCCCGGGGACCCCCUUGCGGCGCCUCCAGUACUGCCGGGACCCUGCUGUCCACAACGCCCUGUACGCCGGGGACCUCCGGCGCGUCAAGAGCAUCUUCACGGAUGAGGCCACCAGCAACAUGGUCAUGGAGACGGUCAGCGAGGAGCUGGUGUGGUCGCCUGAGCAGGCGCUGUGGGUGCUGAGCCCCCGGCGGCAGCAGACCUCAGCGCUGCGCAUCGUCAGCGCCCGGGGCUACGGCGACUGUGCCAGGCACCUGCUGCUGCGGGGGGCCAAGGUGGACGCUGUGGUGGGGGGCAGGGCCCCCCUGCACGACAGCGCAGCCGCCCCCCGCCCCGACUGCACCCGCCUGCUGCUGGCCUUCGGGGCCGACCCCAACGUGCUGAGCGACGAGGGCUCAGCACCGCUGCACCUCUGCACCACGCCGGACAGCCUCCCGUGCGCGGAGCUGCUGCUGGCCCACGGGGCGCGAGUGAACCUGGGCACGCGGGACCGGCACGUGACGGCCCUGCACGUGGCAGCGCGCCAGGGGCUGGUGGCCCACGUGGAGCUGUACCUGGGCCACGGCGCGGACCCUGCCCACCGCACCCGCCAAGGCGAGACCCCCCUGAACGCCGCCUGCGCCGCCGCCGAGCGCCCCGAGGACGCCCAACGCUUCCACCGCGUGGUCGAGCUGCUGCUGGCCGCCGGCGCCGAGCCCGGGGCCGCGGGCCGCAAGGACCACACGCCCCUGCACAACGCCUGCGGCAACGGACAGCCCGGGCUGGCGCGGCUGCUGCUGCGGCACGGCGCCGACGCCACCGUCCCCAACUGCGCUGGCUACACCCCCAUGGACUGCGCCCUGCACGCCGUCGAGGAGUACCGGCACCAGCGCCCCGAGGACAUCAUCCUCCUCCUGCUCGACCACGGUGCUGGCCCUGUCCACCCCAAGAUGCUGAAGUUCUGCUGUCGGCACCCCCCAGCGCUGGAGGUGGUUCUCAACGCCUACGACCGCAUCCCCCCUGCCGAGAACUGGAUGGGGACUGUGCCCCCCGAGCUGUGGGAGGAGCACCAGGAGUUCUACGACUCGGCGGUGUGCAUGGCAGGGCAGCCGCGCCGGCUGCAGCACCUGGCCCGCUGUGCCAUCCGGCGGCUCCUGGGUGCCCGCUGCCAUGCUGCUGUCCCCAAGCUGGCCCUGCCACCCGCCCUGAAACACUACCUCCAGCUGCCACUCGAGGGGAUCAUCUCCUGAGGGCACCCCCAUGUCUCCCACCACCAGAUG